AUGUCGGAUGUGUCGAACUCCUUCUCAGCUUGGGAGACUCUGCCGGAGGACGAACCUCCGCUGUGCAUCGCAGUUCGACGCCCAGUGUCACCUCCACGCCAUUAUGAGGCGGUGGCAAGCGAGCCGCUGGCUGCCCCGUCUGCAUUUCGCUGUUCUCUUCCAAAAAUUCUACGUCUACAUUUCGCUGUUCUCUUCCAAAAAUUCUAUUCAUCGAAACUCAUGAAAUUUCUCUUGUCCUUAAUCAUAAUUUUCUCUACCUUCUGUCACUCUCUGCCACCUUACAAAGUAAGCCAUUCUGAGUCAGUUCAGCCAUGGAUUCGAAGGACAAGAUCCAAUAGACCUCAAGAAGCACUCCACAACAAACAUGUGAUCAACGUGUUUGGAUACAACGUAAAUGUACCAACCGUGAAAGUGCCCAAGUUCAUUCAUUCUAUGAACAAUUCAAUGAAUGAAUUUUUUGUUGGUCCCAGUGGAGUUGUUACCAAGAUCAAAGAAUUCUUGAAGGGUAACAGCAAGGUUUCUACUCAGUUCUUCGGUAGAAAGGUUGAUUUUCAAGCAAAUGUCCCGCUGUCCAAAGAAGAUGUGCGGAAAUCGUUUCGGUCCUUUCUUCGCAAGUUCCGAACUGAUCCAAUGACUCGAGUUCUGUUUGUCAUGUACUUAAAUGUCGUGGUAGUGAUCGUUGUCUACAUGGUACUUCUCGCUAAACAUGUCCAGAUAUCAUUACAAACGAAGCGAGAUUCACUUCGAAAGAAGAAUUAUCCAUCUCCAUCAGCCGGUAGUCACGUGCAAAUGAUAUCUCCAGAUAUUUCCAUGCCAGUUCAACAACCAAAUCGCCGUCAAUCACCUGUGUCGGAAGGAACUCUACCAGAAGAUAAUACGCAAUCAUCCACAGAUGAGAACAAGAGUGUUGACUGGUCUGCCAUCGCUAAUCCAUCGCUCCUCAAUGCUGUGAAUCAAGAGACGAUUAUGAUCGCGAAUAAACCACCUCGUUUACUGAACGAUCUUGAAAGUUUCUUAUCUCCAUCAAAAGCAGACGAUGAACCACCAUCUCCAUCGCAUCGUUCAAACACCUCUAUUUCCAGUGGUGAGGGCCCUAGUACGAUAUCUCCUAAGCAAAGCAACAACUCGCAAAUUUGUCCAAUAAGAACACCAAGCUCAAACUAUUUCACAGCGUUGGAGUCCACAAGGUCAUCCUUCGACGCGUCUCAACCACAAUAUUUACCUACUAUUGACAAGGAACAGCCGUAG